CGUUUGAGUCACAUGACCAACAACGCAGCAGAUUUGAAUUGUUUGUGAGGUUGUUCGUUUUCAUGUUGCGCUUUGAAUGCGGAGCAGAAAAUAUUUGUGAGUUUUAGAGGCACUACAGAGAGAAGAACAAACAGCGGGAUGGACAGUCGAGCUAACAGCGAUGUGUUCUUUCUGCUUGAUGAGAAAUUUGACUUCGAUGUUUCGAUGUCGCCUGCCAGCUCCAUAGAUGAUGAUGAUGAAGACGAGGUGUUUGUGGGUCCCGUCAGUCAUAAGGAGAAGUGUGUCAGUGCUGGUGUGGUGUCUCGGCUCCAGGAUGGCAGUGACGGUGUGCGGGUGAGCUGGAGCCCACUGAGUGGAGAUCAGCUGGAGGCGGUGUGUCAGGAAGCCACCAAACUAGCCAACCAGCUACAGAGUGGCGAGUCUCACAGCGAGGACACUGACAUCACCGACACCACAACUGAAAGAGAAGAGUUUGUCGAGGACUCUAAGGCCAAACUGGGCGUGUUGGGUCAGACUGCCAGUGCACUCAGCCCCAUCAAACGCCAGACUUUCUGCGUGCAGGACAGUCCCAUGAAGGAGCUGCCGCCUGCCAUCCAGCGCAGCCUGCUAAGAGGCAACUCAUCCACCCGCCCUUCUGUUCCAGCAGCAUCAUCCACCCGCCCUUCUGUUCCAGCAACAUCAUCCACCCUCCCUUCUGCUCCAGCAACAUCAUCCACCCUCCCUUCUGCUUCAGCAACAUCAUCCACCCGCCCUUCUGUUCCAGCAACAUCAUCCACCCGCCCUUCUGCUUCAGCAACAUCAUCCACCCGCCCUUCUGCUCCAGCAACAUCAUCCACCCGCCCUUCUGCUUCAGCAACAUCAUCCACCCGCCCUUCUGCUCCAGCAACAUCAUCCACCCGCCCUUCUGCUCCAGCAACAUCAUCCACCCGCCCCACAACCAGACUCAGCACUUCCAGCCCUGUGGUUGGACCCAAGGCCCCGUCCAGGAUGUCACUGCGAGGAAAAGCUGCCCUGGGCGUUGCUGUUGUGCUGCCUAGCAAGCCAGCUGCUCCAACAACUUCCUGUUCAGCCAGCAAGAGCAAGGUGGAAAAAACUAGACUGCAACCACCAAGAAAAGUGGUUGGGGGUUUGAGACAGAGCCCGUCCUCUCGUCUGUCCAGCAGAGCAGAAUCGAAUGAGGAUCUGCUCUCUGAUUCAGCGAGUGUGGCCUCUGAUAUCAGCGACUCCUCCCUCAACUCCAGCCUUUUGGGAAAACGCACACUGGCUCCACCCACCAAGAGUGUUGGAGUGAGGAACCUGUCAGGUGUGAAAGCUCCGCCCCUUCAGAGCAGGAGGGUGACAGACAGAAAGAACACGUCCUCAUCUUCAUCCUCUGUGUCCAGCUUUAACUCCAGCAUGUCGCUAUCCCCCGCUAAAGGUAAACCGAACUCUUCUCUGAAUGGGAGUCUGAGCAGCUCCACUGGCCUCGCCCCCAGCAGCGUCAGCAGACCUCGCCGCUCCACCGUCUACACAGCUGCAGAGCCAGCGUCCUCCACUGCUGGCCGCCGCUCACUUUCAACUCAAGGCAAGAAGCUUUCUGAGACGGAACGUGUCAAAGCUGCCAGAGCCACACCGCUAAAGAGAGCUGAGGCUACGCCCCUCCAGUCAGUACCCGCCAAGAGACUUUUAGAGAGGACCUCCUCCUCCACCGCCUCCUCAGGCCGGCCACAGAGCGGAUUGAAGCCCAAAUCUAAACCUGAGGCCCUAGUCCCACCAACACCCAGCACAUCAGGAAAAGGAGCCCACCUUGCAGAUGAUGUCUCCAAGGGGUUGAAACCAAAGCGGCUGAUGUCUACUAGCAGUGUGGAUAGUCUUCCUCAGAAGACAUCUGCUGGGUCUCUGACACCCUCUGCCAGCAGCAGCAAGUCACUGCAAAUGAAGGCACGCCGCCCCUCUGCCCUCCCCACCCCAGUGAAGCGCAGGAUGUCUGCCAUCCCUGCCCCCACGCCCACCAACCAAACCCGGACUGUAAGGCCACCAGCCAUCUCUAACUCUGGCUCUGCCCCGACCCCGACCUCAGCGAGGAAACAGCACAGCUACAGCCCACUCCCCACAGACACACAGCAGGAGGAACUUACCGAGGCUGUCCACAUCCAGCCCUUCUGUCUGGAGGAGGAGGAGGAGGAGGAGGAGGUGAAGGAGGAGGACCUUCCUACCCCACUGUCAAACACUGAACAGCCUAACCAAUCAGAGAGCGCAGAUCCUGAAGCACCAAGUCAGGAUGAGUCAGUGCCCAACAGAAACCUGAUGGAACUGGAGACAACAGAGGAGAGCAACAGCAAGACACAGGAGGUUCUUUUGCUGGAUCUUCCACCUCCAGCUCUGCACCCUCAAGAGAAACUGCUCAUUGACUUGACCAACACACCCGACCUGGUCCGGACCAGUAAUAAGACCUGCAGCACAACUCAGCAGCUGAUUGACUUGAGCUCGCCACUUAUCAAGUGGAGUCCAGAUGACAAGAGGGAGAAUGCUCUGCUCAUAAACCUGUCCUUCUGAUCUGCAUCCUGCUGAAGGCCUUGAUCUCGGCAGUUAACUGGACUCAGUAUAUGUAUGUCUUCAGAAAUUCCAAUAGUAAUCAUAUCUUUGAUUGAUCUAGAGUUUUAUCAGUGAAGUGUUUACUGAAGCUGAGUAAUAUGUUUUAAAUGAUGAAAACAUUCUAAACUUGCUGAAAUGUUUCAGCAUAUGAUUGUACUUUAUUUGUGUCCAUCGCUGCUCUUAAUUAAUGUUUGAAUAAAUGUUCUUAAUGUUA